AAUUCUGAACUGGGGCACUUUACUAUGAGGCUGCAAAUGAAACAGAUGUGCUUGCUGUAAAUUUCUUUAGUAGCUGGAUUUUUUGUACCGAAGGUGGUAACACUUUCCUUCCUGUGAUUUUUUUUUUAUUUCGCAAAUAUUUUCCAUAAGGAGAAUGAAAUGGAGAAGUUGAAGCAAUACGUAUCAGUGAAAGAUGAAGAUCAGUUUUAUCAUCAGGGAGCUGUGGAGUUGCUAGUCUUUAACUUUCUGCUCAUUCUUACAAUAUUAACAAUUUGGUUGUUUAAAAACCAUCGAUUCCGCUUUCUGCAUGAAACUGGAGGAGCUAUGCUGUAUGGCCUUGUAAUGGGAUUAAUUAUACGAUAUGCAACAAAAGCAUCAGAUGUUGAAAGUGGAACUGUUUAUGAAUGUGAAAAGCUGAAAACUGGGCCAUCCACUCUACUUAUUAAUGUAACUAACCAGGUCUAUGAAUAUCAAUACAAAAGAGAAAUCAGCCACCACAAUGUCAAUGAUCGCCAGGGCAAUGCAAUGCUUCAAAAGAUGACAUUUGAUCCUUCCAUCUUCUUCAAUAUUUUGUUGCCACCCAUUAUAUUUCAUGCUGGAUAUAGUUUAAAGAAGAGACAUUUUUUUCGUAACUUAGGAUCAAUUUUAACCUAUGCCUUUUUGGGAACUGCCAUCUCCUGCAUUGUCAUAGGCUUGAUAAUGUAUGGUUUUGUGAAGGCCACGAUACACAUUGGCCAGUUAAAAGUAUGGGAAUUCCACUUCACUGACUGUUUAUUUUUUGGAUCACUGAUGUCUGCCACAGAUCCAGUAACAGUCCUUGCUAUUUUCCAUGAGCUGCAUGUGGAUACAGAUUUGUACACACUCCUGUUUGGAGAGAGUGUCCUGAAUGAUGCUGUGGCUAUUGUGCUGACAUACUCUAUAUCCAUUUACAGUCCUAAGGAGAAUCCUAAUGCGUUUGAUGCUGCUGCUUUCUUCCAGUCAGUGGGAAAUUUCCUGGGGAUCUUUGCUGGAUCAUUUGCCAUGGGAUCUUCUUAUGCUGUUGUCACAGCUUUGUUGACAAAAUUUACAAAGCUGUGUGAGUUUCCUAUGUUGGAGACUGGUCUGUUUUUCCUCCUCUCCUGGAGUGCCUUCUUAUCAGCAGAAGCCACUGGUCUUACAGGUAUUGUUGCAGUCCUUUUCUGUGGAGUCACACAGGCCCAUUAUACCUACAACAAUCUGUCAUCAGAUUCCAAAAUGAGAACUAAACAGUUGUUCGAGUUCAUGAAUUUUUUGGCUGAGAAUGUCAUCUUCUGUUACAUGGGACUCGCACUAUUCACGUUUCAAAAUCAUAUCUUCAAUCCUCUUUUUAUAUUUGGUGCAUUUGUGGCAGUUUUUAUAGCAAGAGCUUGUAACAUAUACCCACUUUCUUUCCUUUUGAAUUUGGGUCGCAAACAAAAGAUUCCCAGGAACUUUCAGCACAUGAUGAUGUUUUCAGGUUUACGUGGUGCAAUAGCAUUUGCAUUGGCUAUUCAAGACACAGAAUCCCAACCCAAACAAAUGAUGUUUACAACAGCACUGCUUAUUGUGUUUUUCACCGUCUGGGUGUUUGGUGGGGGCACAACACCAAUGCUCACAUGGCUUCAGAUCAGAGUUGGCGUAGAUCCGGAUGAAGAUCUGAAAGCAGAAGCUGCAAGCCAGAGUGCACCUAACUUGGAUAAAAGUACUACCAAAGCUGAGAAUGCAUGGCUGUUCAGAAUAUGGUAUGGCUUUGACCACAAAUACCUAAAACCUAUCUUAACCCAUGCCGGUCCACCUCUCACAACAACAUUACCUGAGUGGUGUAAUCCUGUUGCCAGACUUCUGACCAGCCCCAAUGCAUAUGGUGAUCAACUGAAGGAUGACGACACAGAUUAUAUCAUAAAUAAUGAUGAAUUGACUGAAAACUAUGAGUCAUCUGCUCACAUACCAGUGCCAACACAGGACAAAACAGGCUCUACCCAGGCUACAAGCAAGGAAGAUAUUCAUGAAGGAGACCUAGGACUAGGAGGGUACAAGCUCCAGCUUGAACACACUGCAGGUCAACCCCAGAUGAAUUCAUUGGCAUGAACAGUGUAAUGUUAAUCACAAGAAAUAAGACUAAAACCAAUAAAUUAAAGAUAAUAUUAUGUCACCGAGAGGCUAGAUAACGUAUUAAGCACAAAAAUAAAAGAAAUCUUAGGUUUUACCAACUAAAUGCCUGCUACCCCCAGGAAAGACCUUACCAUUAUCCAUAUACCUACAACUAUAUGCAGGUGGCCUGACUGCAGUAGUUUUUAAUAAAAAGAUGUAAGGCACCGACAGUUGUCCAUAAAUCCAUUAGUCAUGUGCUGUCUUAGGUAACAGUUUACUGUACCAUGCCGCUUCACAUAUACACAGGCCUUCAAAUGUUGCUUACAGUGCUUAUAGUCAGCUGGAACACAGAGAAAUAGCUUCCUAACAUAUUCAUGCUCACCUGAUGACAGCACUUUUUUUACAGCUCAUCCUGAAUGGAUCCACAGACAGCUAUUACUCCAAUGACUAUUACAUUUAUAAGGAAGACAUAGAAGUUUCUUUAUUCAGUUAGUAUGUUAUCUAAAAGUACUUAAAAUAUGCACUGCAGCACCUCAGUCUUGAUAAAGCAAGCUCCUUUGUGCUCACAGUAUAGACUUUUCCUGACAACCAGCCCAACAUUGGCUUUCUAAAUGUUACUUAUAGUUUAGUCCAUAUAAGGUUGCACCAGGAUGUCACAAACUGAAUACUGUUAGUAGGAGACAUUGAAGUCUAUUGAAUCAGCAACAGAACCCCUUCUAUUUCAGCAUUGAACGGCCAUGACCACUACUUGGACAGAAGUUAUUCCACAAAGCAUUUGUCAUUACAGCUCCACAGCACACAAAGCUUACAUGCUGGGAAAAUUUUUGUUUUGCAAGAUCAUUCUAAACGUAUGCUUUAAGAAGUCAGCUGUUUCAUUUUGUAUUGUCCAAGGAAAGUGAGAUAUUCCUAAUCAAAUAUUUCUGCAAAACAGGUAUAUCACAGGACUGGCUGCUCCAAGGAUAAAUUUGUCCAUCUAUAUUUGUGCUGGACACUCAGUAUCACAUCAGUGAUAAAGACAGUGGUGGUUAGAUAUAAAAGAACUAAAAAAAAAAAAAAAAAAAAAAGAGGAGAGUUUAAGUAUUAAUUGUGGUUUCAUAAACUCAGUAACUGGAUAAACAACUGGUCAGCUAUACAUACGGCUAGCUGCCAUAUAGUUUUAUCAAGCACUAGCACAGAUCAGCUUUUGCACAUAUUAGCUAAGUAGUGCAAACAUAGGAAUAGAGCCAGGCUUUUGUUAUUAGAGCACGUGCCUUUUCUCACCACAGAGGUUUCAACUAGCUAUGUAUGAUAAUGUUCCUACUAAGAAAGUUAAACCAUGAGAAGUUUUUAAAUAAGGUCAUUCUUAAUAUACAAGACAAUUAGCAAGCAAGAAAUUUGUAAUUUCUACAAAUAAAAAUCAAGCCAUCUCCAUAAAUGAUCAUAAAGCUGAAUAGGUCUUGAUUUCACUACAGAUGGAAGCUGAAAUACAAACUUAAAUACAAUCAAGUUUUAGUCAUUCUUUUCCAGGCUAAUUAAUUUCUGGUUAAAUGUGACGCUAGAACAGCUGUUUUAAGCAUAAUUUUGAACACGAGUUCUAAAUGUUGUUAUGAAAGAUCAGAAGCUUAAACUGGCAUUUUAUUUUCCCCUAAACAGUAAUCAAGGAACUGCAAAGGAUCUUAAUCCCCAUGUGGUUUAAAACAAAUAUUCCAGCAUGAUAAAUUUUGAGAAGAACUAAUGAUUUACCAACUCCCUGCUUUGCCUUCUUUAGCCACAUGAAGGAAAAUAUGUGCAGCAGGCUGCAAGAAGGAAUGGAGAAUGGAUGAGGAAAUAAGGUUUUAUGGCCUAGUACUGUGCACACUACAGCAUGCAGUGGGAGACAGCAAAGGAGGCAGGAUGAGAUGACAGACACACUGCACUGAGGUGAAUAUGUGGCAACACAGUGAGAAGGUAUAAUCAUGAAUGGGUGCUAACACAGUCCUGAUUUCAAUAGCCAGCGUUUCAGAUUUAAAUUUUCAGAAGAAUUGAGUGCAUGUCACCAGGCUUCCUAAGCUCCUUGGGAAGCACAGAUCCCAGUUCUUAGAUUAUAGUGAACAAUCAAUAAACUGCUGCAGUAUUACGAAGAUGCAAAGCUCUUUCUCACAAGUGCUACAUGAACUGGAAAUGACAAGCUUUUCACCAACAGUUCUCCUCUUAGAUUCUACUCUGAAACGCAUCCUGCAGCAUACUCUACGAGGUUUUUACUGAUUUAUUUCUUGUGCCCAUGUCCAAAUUUCUUAUACUUAUGAAAUAUGAUAAAUGGAGAGCUUGAGGGUCUGAAAUUCUGUUUCUCAAAAAAAUCUGUAGUGAGUACUCUCCACACUGUUCUGCCUGGAUGCCUGAAACUGUUACUUUACUUGGCAAAGGAGGUCAUCCCUUGCAACAGAAGAGUCCAUACUUCACAUCUUCACAGGUCAGUUUUUUAUGCCAAGACUAUCAAGAGGCUUAAAUCAAUGGUCCCAGCAGGACGAGUACUUAUCCUCCAGGACCAUGCUCAGCAACCAAAGUAUCAUUGGAUUUUAGUAAAAUUGGUAAUUUGAGCUGCAAGCAAACCUAAAACUUCAACUAAAUGGAUAAUUGAGACUUUUAUUACCAUUAUGCUAUGCAGGUUUGCCAUUUCUUAAUUGUAAGAUAUUCUUUUCAAGGCUUGCAGAUCAAGAUAGUUAAAACAACAUUAGAACAGAUGAUAUACUUGUAUUCAAGUAGAAAUAACUGGCAACAAAUAAUUCUGCAUCACUGUUUAAACAGACUAAUAGAUGUUAAGAGGCCUUUGAUGUUAAUUUAUAGUUCAUACACUGGAGAUUUAAACUACUCAAUAUCACACAGUGUUUGACUGAACAUGCAAGUCACUAUCCUGAUAAAUGUGAAGCUAUUCUUCCUAUCUGAGUUAAUCUAAUAAAACACUGCUUUGAAAAUUAAAUGCAAAAUAUAUUGUCAAAAUGUAGUGACUGUAUACUCAGUAUGAAGGCCAAAAUGUUAGGAAAGAUGGAAAUCUGCAAUAUUGCUAAACCUUUCAUGUUUCAGAAGUAAUAACUGAAAUUUCAUACUGAACUGCAGAGUGUAUUUGGCUAAGGUUGGAAGCAGCAGAAUGAAUCCUGUCUAUGCAGCUGAGCCAGUCCAAAAAGUCACUGUACUAAAAAUAUCAGGUCACUAUGAUAACUUUUGCAGAGAAGCGCAGAGCUUGGUAGCCUCACUGAAAGCAGGGACCAUUGGAAGCAAACAUUUAUGUUGCUAUGUUAAAGCUCAACCUUUUUCACAAUAACCACAUUAGGGCUGUCUUCAGCAAACUGAUUAACCCUGUGCAUAACUUAAGCUGCUAAACUAACUGCGUUGAAGCCAUGAGGCCAGUUCACACUCUUUCCACCUAGCAACUUACUAGUGCCUUGCUGGGCUGAGGAUAGUCUGUGCAAUAGGUCUGUCUUUCCUUUUAAAGCUGGUAUGUAUUUUCCUGUCAGCCAUCAAGUAACACUGAGCAUGUAACAUCCUGAUUGCUGUGUAAAUGUGGGUACAACAUAAAUGCAGCAAUAAGCAUAUUUCAGAUGCACAUUAACAUUACAUAUGUUUAAAAAUUUUUUUGUUUUCACAGAUAGAAAUAUUAGUUAUGGACUUCAGAUAACAAAUAAAAUAUCCUAAAUACCCACUUUAGAGAUUGGAAACUACUUCUAAAGACAAAAUUGAUUUUCCCCUACUUCCUUCCAGUGAAAUGGAAAAUAGAUCUUUUCAACAUCUUAAAGCAAACCAGUUCUGAGCAUUUUAAAUAACUUAGCAGAAGAAAGCUCAUCUCUGGCAAUAUAAUCCCAACAGACAUGAGUUCUGUUCAGUGAACUGUAAAAGACUUGUCAACAUUUUUAUUUUAUAAACAGUCUUUCAGAACUUGAAAAUUCUCCAAUUGAUCCAAAUUCCCUAAGCAAAUGUUAGUUUAACCCACAGCCUUGGUCACAAUACCAGUCAAAUUUUCAGAUCAUUAAAUCCCCUCCCUUCCUUUAGCUCAAUGAUUAGUUCCUAUGGUAGAUAUUACUGUUUAGUUGUUAGACAAAACACCUGAACAUGUUUUUCCUUUAAUACCAGUUUGUUGUUGGGGGUGGUGUUUGGGGUUGGGGUUUUUUUUUGUUGUUUUCUGGGUUUUGGGGGUUUUUUGUUUGUUUGUUUCCCCCCCCCCGCCCCCCAUCAUAAUCACAUACUGGAAUGCAAGUUUCUGAACAGUAUGAAAGAAAUCUUUGUCUGACAACGCA